AUGGCUGAAGAUAGAGGUCCUGAACUGGCCGCUGUCUUGGGUCUGUUCUUAGGCCUGAGCUUGGUAUUUGUACUUCUUCGAGUCUAUGUUAAGACAUUCUUGAGUAAGAGCUGGGGAAGUGAUGAUAUCCUGCUCGUUCUUUCUUUGAUAUUCUUUACAACCUACUGCGCCUGUUCAGCGACAGGUGUAAACUAUGGUACUGGUCGCCAUGCAACAGACAUACCGCCAAAUGACAUCCCCAAAGCUCUAUACUACUGGUUUCUCUGCGAGAUAUUCUACGCCAUUACAACGCUGUUCAUCAGACUUUCAAUCGCAGUCUUCCUACUCCGGAUCUGCGUCAAGCCUCUACACAAAAACAUCGUAUACAUCACCUCAGCAGCUAUGAUCGCCUUCACCAUCUUCUACUUUUUCCUCGUCAUCUUUCAGUGCCAUCCAACGAGUUACUUCUGGGGACAGUUCGAAGGGAAGAAAGGGUCUUGCAUUAAUCCGGCGGUGGUACCGAAUGCAAGUAUUGCUCAUUCGGCCGUGGCGUUUACAGCGGACUGGAUCUUGGGGUUACUUCCGAUAGCGUUGAUUUGGGAUUUGAAGAUGAAUACUAGGACGAAGGUUUCAGUUGGGAUUUUGAUGUCGUUGGGAUUGCUAGCAGGAGUAGCUACCAUGAUUCGCGUCCCAUACAUCAAAGUCCUAGCACUUACCGAGGACUUCCUCUUCGCCACAACCGACGUAGCAAUAUGGUCUACCGUAGAACCCGGUCUCGGGCUCUGCGCCGCAGGAGGCGCAACACUCCGUCCUCUCUUCCGCAAAUUCUAUAAUCUCUCCACCCUCCGCUCUCGACCAACACGCAAUACGCACCAUCGAGACAGCCACAUGAUAAAUCUAGAUCACCAACAACUCGGCGGUAUCAACAGCUCGAAAAUUUCAUCACAAUCCAGAACUCAAUCCCACACACAAUACCACGCACAGAUCCAUUCAACAUCUCACUCUCACUCCCUUUCACAAUCACGAUUCCAAUUUCCCUUCUCCUCCUCAUCUUCAUCCUCGCCCCCAGACAACGAAAUCAUCUACCUCCGUUCCGACACGAUAGACACCUUCCGCAGUCCAUUUGGCGAUUCAAGAGAAAACGUCAAGGAUAGUGACAGUCACAAUAAUAGCAGAAGCCAGGAUGAGAGGAAGAAGAGCGAGAGCUCAAAGAUGGGAGGGAUCAAAAUAGAGCAGACGGUUGAGAUUUCUCGUGUUGAGAAUCAUGAAGAUCUGGAGAGUGAUGGUGGUUCACUGAAGAGCGUGGAGAGACCGAGGACUGCAAAGUCAAGUUGGGAUUUGGUGUGA